GCAUAUAAAAUAACAACAAAAGGACGACACAAGAGAGUGUUCUGUGCGAAAACCCUGCUUUCAUCUUCUUCUCUUCUCUGCCACCAUGAAGCUCGUCAGGUUUCUCAUGAAGUUGAACAACGAAACCGUAUCAAUCGAGCUCAAGAACGGCACAGUUGUCCAUGGCACCAUUACAGGUGUUGAUAUCAGCAUGAAUACACAUUUGAAAACAGUGAAACUAACCCUGAAAGGGAAAAACCCAGUUACUUUGGAUCAUCUCAGUGUGAGAGGCAACAACAUUCGUUAUUAUAUCCUUCCUGACAGUUUGAAUCUUGAGACUUUGCUGGUUGAAGAGGCUCCUCGUAUUAAGCCUAAGAAGCCAACUGCUGGAAAGCCUUUGGGGCGAGGGCGGGGGAGAGGACGCGGCCGUGGCCGAGGUCGUGGCCGUUAAGCUGGGCAUGCCAACUUUUGUGGCAUUUAGUUGUACCUUUAUUGUAGGGAAAUUUUCUGAAGUUUUAAAGACGUCAUAGGAAUGGUAUUGUUAAUUACUUAAUCAAUCGUGCAGACUUCGUCAAUGUUGCAAUUUUCUUACAGCAGUGCUUUGAAGUUCUAGUGUAUAAUUCCUUCCUGUUGGAUAAUGCCUAAUACCUCUCAUCUGAAGGAAACUGCCUAUAUGUGUAGUUUUGUGGGAUAAGGCGAAGUUAUAGGAAUUACUGAUGAUUAUGUUGUUCGUAGUGGUAGUUUUCUGUUAAUUGAAGAGUUCUAUUACAUCCAUUGGCCCGUAAAGUUGACACCCUUUUUAAGAGGCUGAAAGAAAACCACACAUUUUUUUUGGGUCCAGGGGAGGGUAGGUUUCAAACCAUACAUUUUGUCACAUGCAUUUUAUUUUCGGUCUGAGAAAACCAUACAUUUGAGACUACAACUGGGCUUACGUAGUUUAUUUGCCGGCUGGACCUAUUCUUGACGAUUGAAGCCCAAUUACUGAGAUGUUAUUUUACAG